UGUAAUGCCUCGCAGUCAGUGUUAUUAUAGCAGACUGAAACCGGUCAAUACGACCUAUAGCCCAAACAAAUGGCACGGCGCACUAUGUCUCUGCUUCCUCACUGGUCCUCUCGUGUUUUCUCCGUGGAGCUAGAUGGAGCAUCCGUCUACUUUUCAACUGGUGAGAAGCACCGGGGAGAAGAAGUGCCACGGGUGUUUAGAGAGAUCCACAACUACGGAAGGUGUUACUCUCUCCUCGUCUGCAGCAGCGACACAAUCAGACGUGCCAAGUUUUACGGGGAGCUGAAAGACAAAUUGUUGAGAGACUUGCCUCCGGAGUGUCAUUUGUCUCCCAUGCUCUCAUUUCUGCCAAAUGUCAAGGAUUCGCUCUUAAAGGGCUACUUUUUAAAAGAUUAUUCUCAGAGUUCAUCCCCGACAGAGAGACUUCUGAGAGGUUUGAUACAGCACGAUGAUCCGGUGCUUGUGUGUUCGUACUCUAAAGGUGAGGACGGUGAGCCGUGGACUCAGCACCUGUGGUCUCAUGCAGACAGACACGCGAUGCAAAUGUCACAGGAUUACUAUGUGGUACCCUCAGAGGCUCCAGAGUGUCACCCAUCUACUCUCAACAUCAUCAACUCUGAUGUGUUCUACAGUUUCCAGGAGGCUUAUGAAGUACUCAGAAAGUGCGGUGACAUCAUCCCAGAGGCGACGUCUGUGCUGGAGCUGCUGCCCAGCAGAGCGGAGGCCAGAAGUAAACCAGACUUCCCUGUUAUUGUCAUAGAGGGCCUGGAUGCCACAGGUAAGACCACUCUGACUGAGUCUCUGAGGGAUACUCUAGGGGCCACUCUCAUGCCGUCCCCUCCCCAGUGCCUGUCCCCCAUGAGGGCCCGCUUUGAUCGGGAGCCGCCACUUAUCCGCAGGGCCUUCUAUGCUCUGGGGAACUACAUCACAGCGAAACAAAUCGUCCAGGAGGGCAUGAAGACACCUGUCAUCGUUGACAGAUUCUGGCACAGCACAGCAGCAUAUGCCAUCGCCACAGCAGUGAGUGGUCCAGUGUGCAACCUUCCAGCGGAGGGUUCGGAGGUUUACCGCUGGCCCAGUGACCUGCUCCAGCCCAGCCUGGUGGUCGUACUCACACUGGACCCUGAGGAGAGGAUGAGGAGGCUUAGGGACAGAGGUCAAGGAAAGACUGAAGAGGAACAAGAGCUGGACCACAACCAGCUUUUCAGACUCAAAGUGGAGAAGGCUUACCAGAGGAUCACUGGGCCACCAUGCGUCACUGUGGAUGCUAGUCCUUCUGCAGACCAAGUGCUCCAACAAGUGCUGCUUUUAAUUAGGGGCAAAUGCCACUUGUAAACAGUUCUCCAUCUCCCCUGCUGUCGGCCAAGCAUCAAGUGGAUGUAGUACCCCCUGUCGCCACUGGGUGCCAGUAAGGUGUUGUGGAUGCCUCAGUAGGGGGAAUGGUGGCCAGACUGGAGUGUGGAGAAGAGAUUCUUUUCAGAAUGAGUAAAGGUUGAAUGGCCAGGGGCCAGAACUGCAUGCUACAAUCAGACAUACAUAUUCAUGUAGACACACACAUGCAUGGACUGAUUCUGACACACAUACACACACGCACACGCACAAAAGUAUUGUCAAGAAGAAGUGUGCACUUAACUGCUGUUGUGACCUCUCAGAAAUCAGACAGUGUAGCCUUCAGACACAGUGUAGCUGCACUCAUUGACUACCAUUUGUGUUCGAACGGACACUGAGGAAAUGGAUAGAAAUAUUUAUAUAAGCACCAGUCAGAUAGAGUCCAUUUAAGUGCAUAAGUGUGCAAAAAUCCAAAUCUCAAAACAUUUAAUAGAUCCACAAGAAUAAAAACAGUGAAAUACACUCCGAUAACAUGCUUUUAAUUUGUUAAAAACAUGUUUCAAAUUAAAAGACAGUGACACUAUCGGUUUGUCGUUUACACUUGACUUGUCGACUUGGACUUUAACGCCAAACACUCAUGACUUCACUUUGACUUGAGCUUUUGACUUGAAAAUGCUUGAUACCUUCCCCCCAAACCAAUUUGGAAGGGGAAAGUUAAAGACAUUUUUUCCAAUAUGAGAAGAGUUGAAUACGAGACAGGACAGACUACAGAAUUCCUUCUGUCGUGGUAUUGGUUAAUCGUGCUAUAUGCUAAGAAAGUACAAUAUCAGCGUUGUGUUUUAUGCUUAAGUUCAGUCGCACUUGUUUCAGUGUUUAAAAAGCAUUCAUAAUUAUUUUAAAUGCAAUAUACUAUUAGUCUGUGGUUGAAAUAGCAGUACAACAUUUGGUGAAGAGCGCACUGUGACUUGUAGAGGACCAGAAAUUCAGUGGGACUUGACUUGGGAUUGGUCAGCCUUGACUUUGGACUUAAAUCAGAACUUGCAUGUCUUGACUUGGGACUCGAAUUAGGACUUGAGUUCAAAGACUUUACACUUACUUGUGAUUUUCAAAACAAUAUCUUGGUUCUACCUCUGUUUUGGGGGUUCCUGUUUGUCUUAUGUAAAGCUAUCAAUAAGUUAUACAACCUGUAUGUAAGUGUGUCUGUGUUCAGCUUGAUUAUAUACGUGCAUAUAAACUCUGUGAACACUUUU